AUGUCGGAGCUCCUCAGCGGGUUGAAGACUCUGUUUCACAAGCAGAGCUCUCUGAAGGGCUCUCUGAAGGGCUCUCUGAAGGGCUCUCUGAAGGGCUGUUUCAGAAACGUGAAGGCCCAGAACUCCCACAUCGACCUGAAGAGGAUGAAGCUCUCCGGAGUCAGUUUCGGCUGUGACAGUGACCUGCUGGUGGCUCGGGAGGCUCAUUUCUCUGGUCAGAGCUACCUGGACUUCUCAACUCUCAUCAACAUUCCCAGCCUCAGAAAUAACUUCUACUCCAGCUUCGGCUUCAGGACCGAGCAGAAAGAGGGACUCAUGUUCUACCACCAUGAUCAGGACGGAGUGUUCCAGGUGUUUUUGCAUGAAGGCCAUGUUGUAGUGAGAGCUGGCAACAGUGAGAUUAAGACGCAGAAGACGUACAACGAUGACAACAGCCACUACAUUGCUCUCUACAACAACAUCAACGGUGUAAAGGAUUCUCAGACGGUGUUGAACCUGCUGAAAGUGAAAGAAAACGUCAACGUUCCUCUUGACUGUCCUGCUGCCAAAAAACCUCAGCAGAUCGUUGCUGCCCAGCCCAAACACAGCAACAAACCCAGGGGAAAGCACAGGAAGCCAUCUGGGUCUCUCAGCCGUAACACCAGGGAGUCCUGUCAGGGGGAGCUGUCAGACCAGGAGGCCGGAGCGACGCACUUCAGCGGCUCCACACACAGCUACCGGAGAUACGACUCUCUGCCCAGCUCACUCAGCUCAAUGCCUCAGAUCUCCAUGGUGUUGAGGAUCAACUCCUCUGAUGGUUUGGUGCUGUACGCAGCUGGUGGGCAGCGCAGUGUGGCCGUGAUGUCACUCAGCGUGUCAGACGGCCACCUGUUGCUUUUGUUGGACGGCGGAAAGAGGAAGGUCAGCAUGCGGAGCCGCAAGAAGUACAACGACAACCAGUGGCACACGGUGUUUAUAAAACGCGAAGGCGAGAAGAUCAGCCUUAUAGUGGACGGUAUCAGUGCUCAGUCUAAGAGAAUCCCUGGAGGAGACCGGACUCGUCUCGCUGGGCCUUUAUAUGUUGGAGGAGUCCCGGCCUCACUGACGAUGAGUCCUUGGUUCUAGGUAAUGUAAUGUAGGUCGGGAUCUGGAAAUCCAGCUGGACUCUGGGCUGCUGUUGCAUGCUGGGACGUCACCUGACCAACGCCUGAGUUUGGUUCUCAGACAGGUGACUGUUUCAUUAAACAGCAGCAAAGGUGAAUUCUCUACCUCCUUUACUCCUGAGGAACCUCUAUGUAAUGGACGCUGGCACACAAUCACAAUCGUGAAGAAGAACAAUGUCCUGCAGCUGCAUGUUGAUGCAGCCAGUGAGCACAGCGUCGGCCCCAAACAGAGCCGCUCUGCAGGGUCCAAAGAGACCGUUUACCUGAUGGCGUCACAGUUCCUGGUCUGCCUGCAGGCCUGCCAGACUUCCACGGCUGCAUCCGCCAAGCGACGAUCAACCGCAGACCUGCCAUGCUGUCCAAACCCCUCGCUGUGUGUGGAGCCGUGGGGACGCAGGGCUGCCCACACAUGUAAACCCAAUACACAGUCUUAUCUUCACAUUCCCAAACUGACAAUUACUGGUGAUGGGUGUCAUGUUACUGUAGCUAAUUUAAAAUAUAUAUUAAUAUUUAUUUUCUAUUUUCAGAAAAAAUUACAUUUUAUAUUUUACAGUUUGUUGUUGCAAUAUUACUGGUUUGUUAUUGUACUACAGGGUGCUAUAACAACUGCAUAGAGAUACAAGUGACUGCUACAAGAUAUCAAAUAUCAACUCUAAAAUCUAAAGAUAAUUCUGAAAUGUGAAGUUUAUUGUCAAUAAAGGCAACACUGCUUGAAUUUUCUUGCUUUUGAAAAGCAAAUGGUGAAAAGUAAAUGUCAAUCGUCCAAACACGUUUUCUGGAUCUGCAUUAUAUAUUAAAGUAAAUGAUGUAUACA